AAGACACGACCGGAAGCAAAACCUUUCUGAGGCGGAGGUCCAUGAGCGGAACAAGACUAUUUUGAUUCUCCCGCGCGGAUUUAUGUCUUUAAAAGCAAGAAGCGCGCCUUUCUCAUUCGCGCCUUAUGAUCAACGUGAAGAGGGUCGCUCUCCUCUCUUUGUUAUCAACUCUCCAACAACUUGGACUUAGACUUGACUAAGUCUCCUCCGGACCCCGACAUGCAUGUCAUCAAACGAGAUGGACGCCAGGAGCGCAUCAUGUUCGACAAGAUCACGUCCCGCAUCCAGAAGCUGUGCUACGGGCUGAACACGGACUUCGUGGACCCGACCCAGAUCACCAUGAAGGUGAUCCAGGGGCUGUACAGCGGCGUGACCACGGUGGAGCUGGACACGCUGGCGGCCGAGAUCACGGCCACGCUCACCACCAAGCACCCCGACUACGCCUGCCUGGCCGCCCGCAUCGCCGUCUCCAACCUCCACAAGGAGACCAAGAAGGUGUUCAGCGACGUGAUGGAGGACCUCUACAGCUACGUCAACCCGCUCAACGGCCGCCACUCGCCCAUGAUCUCCAAGGAGACGCUGGACAUCGUCACGGACAACAAGGACCGCCUCAACUCCGCCAUCAUCUUCGACCGCGACUUCUCCUACAACUUCUUCGGCUUCAAGACGCUGGAGCGCUCGUACCUGCUGAAGAUCAACGGCAAGGUGGCGGAGCGGCCGCAGCACAUGCUGAUGAGGGUGGCGGUGGGCAUCCACAAGAGGGACAUCGACGCCGCCGUGGAGACGUACAACCUGCUGUCGGAGAAGUGGUUCACGCACGCCUCGCCCACGCUGUUCAACGCCGGCACCAACCGACCGCAGCUCAGCAGCUGCUUCCUGCUGGCCAUGAAGGACGACAGCAUCGAGGGCAUCUACGACACGCUCAAGCAGUGCGCGCUCAUCUCCAAGUCGGCGGGCGGCAUCGGCGUGGCGGUGAGCUGCAUCCGCGCCACGGGGAGCUACAUCGCCGGCACCAACGGCAACUCCAACGGCCUGGUGCCCAUGCUGCGCGUGUACAACAACACGGCGCGCUACGUGGACCAGGGCGGCAACAAGCGCCCCGGGGCCUUCGCCAUGUACCUGGAGCCCUGGCACGCCGACGUCUUCGAGUUCCUGGAGCUGAAGAAGAACACGGGCAAGGAGGAGCAGCGCGCCCGCGACCUGUUCUACGGCAUGUGGAUCCCCGACCUGUUCAUGAAGAGGGUGGAGUCCAACCAGGAAUGGUCCCUGAUGUGCCCCAACGACUGCCCCGGGCUGGACGAGUGCUGGGGGGAGGAGUUUGAGAAGCUGUACACCGGCUACGAGGCGGCGGGCAAGGCCAAGCGCGUGGUGAAGGCACAGCAGGUGUGGCACGCCAUCAUCGAGUCGCAGACGGAGACGGGCACGCCCUACAUGCUCUACAAGGACGCCUGCAACCGCAAGAGCAACCAGCAGAACCUGGGCUGCAUCAAGUCCAGCAACCUGUGCACGGAGAUCAUCGAGUACACCAGCGGGGACGAGGUCGCCGUGUGCAACCUGGCCUCCAUCGCGCUCAACAUGUACGUGACGGCCGAGCGCACCUUCGACUUCAAGAAGCUGGCCAGCGUCACCAAGGUGAUCGUGAAGAACCUCAACAAGAUCAUCGAGGUCAACUUCUACCCGGUGCCGGAGGGCGAGAGGUCGAACAAGCGGCACCGGCCUAUCGGCAUCGGCGUGCAGGGCCUGGCCGACGCCUUCAUCCUGAUGCGCUACCCCUUCGAGAGCCCGGAGGCCCAGCUCCUCAACAGGCACAUCUUCGAGACCAUCUACCACGCGGCGCUGGAGUCGAGCUGCGAGCAGGCGGCGGAGCUGGGGCCGUACGAGACGUACCCGGGCUGCCCCGUCAGCAAGGGGGUGCUGCAGUACGACAUGUGGGGCGUGACCCCCACCGACCUCUGGGACUGGAAGCUGCUCAAGGAGAAGAUCGCCAAGCACGGCGUGAGGAACAGCCUGCUGCUGGCGCCCAUGCCCACCGCCUCCACGGCACAGAUCCUGGGCAACAACGAGUCCAUCGAGCCCUACACCAGCAACCUGUACACCCGCAGGGUGCUCUCGGGAGAGUUCCAGAUCAUCAACCCCCACAUGCUGAAGGACCUCACGGAGAGGGGGCUGUGGAGCGAGGAGAUGAAGAACCAGCUCAUCGCGCAGAACGGAUCCAUUCAGGCCAUCUCUGGGAUCCCGGCGGACCUGAAGGAGCUCUACAAGACGGUGUGGGAGAUCUCCCAGAAGACCAUCCUGAAGAUGGCCGCGGACCGCGGGGCCUACAUCGACCAGAGCCAGUCGCUCAACAUCCACAUCGCAGAGCCCAACUACGGCAAGCUGACCAGCAUGCACUUCUACGGCUGGAAACAGGGCCUGAAGACCGGCAUGUACUACCUGCGGACGAAGCCGGCCGCAGCGCCCAUCCAGUUCACGCUGAACAAGGACAUGCUGAAGGAGGAGGCCCCGGCGGAGACAGCCGAGGAGGCCAAGGAGCGCAACACAGCCGCCAUGGUCUGCUCCCUGGAGAACCGCGACGACUGCCUCAUGUGUGGCUCCUAGUGCUCACUGAGGGAGGGGCUGUCACUGAGGGAGGGGCCGUCACUGAGGGGGGGAGGAGCCAUCACUGAGGGGAGGAGCCAUCACUGAGGGGGGGAGGGGCUGUCACUGAGGGUAGGAGCCAUCACUGAGGGGAGGAGCCAUCACUGGGGGGUUGCUCUAUGAAAUUUCCACUUCCAUGCACUCCUAUGAAUUGUAUAUUUAUCAAGGGUUCAAUAGUCACUUUUUUUAACGUUCGAAGAACUCUAGUUUGAGAAAUCUUUGGGAAAAAAAUAUUAAUCUGAUUCUGUUUGUUAUUGCUUUUGUUCUAUAAUAAAACUAAAAUGCAGCAA